CCCUGUCUACAGACAAUCCACACUACCAACUGCUUUCCAAUCAUGCAGCAUCGGAGACUGUGCAUCUGCUCUCUCUGGACACCGUGAGCUCUAGACACCAUGACUUCACUCAUCCUAGGGAAGAGACACACUUAAGAAAAGCUCAAGAGGUGCCAUCGUCUGUACUGGACUACCAUAGCAUCAAUGAACCAGGAACAGGUCCGUGUGCUGUGGAGGUAGAGGCGCUGCUGUGCUACACCGAGGCUGACACAGACACAUCCAUGCUAUGGGCAGGGGUCCACGAGGAGCUGGACUAUGGCAGGAAGGAGGGUCACCUGCCGGACACAGCCUUCACCUUGCCACACUCCCACAUGAGCUUCAGGGAGUUUGUGGGGGACAAGGCAGACCUGGGCAAAGCUGUGGUCCCAGCCGCCGUCUUGGCAGGUUAUACUGGCAGUGGCCCUAUUCAGCUGUGGCAGUUCCUAUUGGAGCUUCUGACUGAUCGGAGCUGUCAAUCAUUCAUCAGCUGGACAGGAGAUGGAUGGGAAUUCAAACUGACUGACCCUGAUGAGGUGGCUCAGAUGUGGGGACGCCGUAAGAACAACUCGAAGAUGAAUUACGAGAAGCUGAGCCGAGGCCUGCGAUACUACUAUGACAAAAACAUCAUCCACAAGACGGCCGGCAAGCGCUACGUCUACCGCUUUGUUUGCAACCUGCAAGGCCUGCUGGGAUAUUCACCAGAGGAGCUCCAUGCCAUGCUAGACAUCCGACAAAGCGAAGUGUCUGAAGGGUUCUCAGAUGGAUCAAACGGGUCCCUGUGAAGCUGGAGAAUGCUGAAAUGACAUUGUUCAAACGUCGGAUCCCUGUUAAAAUAGAAUGGAUUCAACAACAACCAGUUCUACAGAAUAAAGGGGCACCUGGAAAUUAAUAUUAUAUCUCAAUU